CAGACUUGCACUCCCAACAAUCACUUUCAAUUAAUGCGCAGCCUCACCCCCACAACAGUGCAGGUUGCUAGUGUCGCCGCGUCGUCGCCCGGAAGGCGCGGUGCGGCGAUUGCCGUCGACCCCGAGAGCGGGAACGUGUAUGCCGCCGUCGAGCGGAUUGAGGAGGGCGAGGUGCACGUCGAGAUUGUGUCCCUCAAGGGCCUCGAGGAUGGAGGCGCGUUUGCCGACGUUGUCGCGUCGUUCUCGUCGCCCGUUCUGGCACCAUUUAAAUGGGACGGGCCACAGACACUAAGCCUGCAAUAUUUCGCGGACGACCGCAGUGUUAUUGUGCUCCUCGCCGGAGGAGACAUUGCAGUGAUCCAGCUUGAGGAUCCCGCGGUGGGCGUUCUGGCUGAGGUUGUGGGAAGCGUAGACAGUGGCAUCAAGGCUGCAGCGUGGAGUCCAGACGAUGAACAGCUCGUGCUAGUCACCGGCGAGGACAACCUGGUGUGCAUGACGCGAUCUUUCGACACCAUCUACGAGGGCCCGCUACGCAGCGAUGACUUUGGCGAGGACAAGCUCAUCAAUGUCGGUUGGGGAAGCGAGGGGACGCAGUUCCACGGCUCGCUGGGGAAGAAGGCGUUGCUGGCGGCGCAAGAAUCGUCGAAGGCGCCCAAGCCGAAGGCCUUCUCUCAUCCGACCGACGACGGUCUGCCGCGUAUCACAUUCAAGGGUGACGCGAGUUACCUUGCCGUAUCCUCUCUCGACCCUUACCCGUCUGGCGGCGCGCGCCGGCAGGUGCGAGUGUAUUCACGCGACGCAGCGUCGGGCUUCGCGCCGCGGUUGAGCGCAACGAGCGAGGCGCUUGCCGGCCUGGAAGCGCCAGUUGCUUGGCGGCCGGUCGGGAACGUUAUCGCGGGCCUCGUGCGGUAUGGCUACGAGGGCGGUGGCGAGGGGCGGAAGGGAAGGUGGGACGUCGCUAUGCUCGAGCGCAACGGUCUGCGGCACGGCGGCUUCGAGCUGCGCGAGGCUGAGAGCUCAUGGGAGGGAGCACAUGUUGUCGACAUGAUGUGGAACGCCGAAAGCGAUGUGCUCGCCAUUUGGCUGCGCCGAAGUGAAGCCGACGUGGUGCAGCUCUGGACGAUGAAGAACUACCACUACUAUCUUAAACAGGAGAUUCCAAGCCCACGUCGCUUCGUUGCUGUUCGCUGGCAUCCUGAGGCGCCCAUGUCGCUUUAUCUUAUUGGCGAGCACCAUGUGCAGGUGAGGUCUUUCGUGUGGGACACAUACACGGCUCGCCUUUCCAUGCCAGAGGACACAGCGACGGUCGCUGUUGUCGAUGGAGAUCGCCUUCUAAUCACGCCUUUCCGUACCCAGAAUACGCCCCCGCCCAUGUCAUCGUACACGCUUUCCCUCCCUACGCAAGUGGUACAUGUCAGCAUGUCACCUUCUGAGGACGCCUUGGCCGUGCUCAUGACCUCCGGUGUAGUGCAGGUCUGGGAUCUCGCCACCUCGCUUCCUGAGGCCGGGGCAUCCCGGCUACGCGCUGGCGGCAAGGUGUCAGCACCCAAAUUGCGGUGGGAGCGCAGCCUAGCUCCGGAUGGCGAGUUUGCACCCAAGCAAGUCGCACUCGGUGGAGAUGGCACCGUCGCCGCACUUUUCUGGGGUAACGGGCCGGACGGUGCGGUGCUGCGCACAGCGGACGCGAAUGAGGCAGGAAUGAGUGUGCUGCACGACACCGAUUGGGUGCUAUGGGACCGCGAGGCAGGCUUUGUGGUUGUCGACCGCGACGGCAUUCUGCGCAGUGUGGACGAAGCACAGGGCGUACAUGUGACGCUGUGCCGCCCAGCGGCCCUGGCGAUCUCAGCGGAGACCCGCCUCGUCUUUGCACUUUCGGACAGCGGGCGGCUGCAUGCGGGGUCUCUUGCCCAGCGCGACUCCGUCCUUCUCGCAUCUGGAGUGACCUCGUUUACCCUGACCCCUGACUUUUGCAUCUUCACCACCACGCAGCGCAGCUACUAUGCGCCGCUGUUUGCUGUGGAGGCUGUUCUGGCGGGGGAAAGCCUUGAGAGCGUCAAGGAGCGGGAGUGGGACGAGCGCCGGGUUGAGCGAGGCGCUCUCGUAGUCGCAGCUUGCCCAAGCAAUAUGGCCCUCGUCCUCCAGAUGCCCCGUGGUAACCUCGAGACUGUGUAUCCCCGCCCACUUGUACUUGCAGUCGUGCGGAGAGAUAUUCUUGCAGGCGCAUACCGGUCCGCGUUCCUUACCUGCCGUAAGCACAGGCUCGACUUAAACAUCCUGUACGACCUCGACCCCCAGCGGUUGAUGGAUGCGCUCCCCCAGUUUGUUGAGCAGAUUCCAGAGCCUGAGUUCCUGAAUCUCUUCGUGUCUCAAUUGAACUCUGAUGACACCUCCAUUGUCCUGUACAAGGACUUGAAGCGUGAUGCAGGCCGCGCCCCUGUCCCCACCACCAAGGUGAACGACGUGUGCGACGCGCUCCGGGUCCUCGUGGAGUCCGACACGGUCAAGUAUGUCGAGACAAUUCUCACAACGCACGUAUGCAAACAGCCGCCCGACUACGAGGCUGGACUUCGUGUGCUACUGCACGUGCAGAAAGAACAUCCUGAAAUUGCGCAAGAGGCGAUCAAGUAUAUUAUCUUCCUCAGCAACGUCAAUCAGCUGUUCGACGUUGCUCUGGGCAUGUACGAUUUCCAGCUCGUACUCAUGGUUGCGCAGUACUCGCAGAAGGACCCGAAGGAGUACCUUCCAUUUCUGCGCGAGUUGCGUGCACUGGAUAAGCACGAGCAGCGCUUCCGCAUUGACGAUCACCUGGGUCGCCGCGAAAGCGCAUUGCGCAAUCUCCACGCGGCGGGAUCGUCGCGCUUCGAUGAUGCCGCCUCGUACUUGUCACGAUACGAACUUUGGGAUGAGGCAUUCCGUCUUUACAAUGCCGAGGAGCUACGCACGGUACAAGACCUGUACGGUGAUUACCUGUAUGACAGACGCGAGUUCCAUGAUGCGGCCAUCUCAUAUGCACUUGGAGGAAAGCGCGAGAAAGCCCUCAAAGCGUACGAGAAGGCGCACGCUUGGCGGGAGCUAUUUACGCUAGCGCGCGAACUUGACACGCCCCCCGACGCCAUUGCCUCAAUGGUGGAACGCGUGUCCGACUAUCUCGCCUCUAGAGGACGGCAUGCCGAAGCAGGUCAGGUGCUCAUUGAUUACGCGGAGGAUGUGGACGGCGCUGUGGAGGUGUUGUGCCGAGGUGCAGAGUUUGCGGAGGCUUAUCGUCAUGCGUCGCGUCAUGCGCGUCCGGACCUCGUUGACGACGUCAUUACCCCUGCCCUUGAAGAGGCGCAGGAGGCGCUCGUUGAAACACUUGAGGAGAUGGACGAGCAGCUAGACAAGGAACUGCGGCGUCUUGAUGAACUGCGGAACAUCCGUCGAACAGAUCCUGACGAGUUUUAUCUUGUGGAGAAUGAUGUGGAGCUGGAAAACGUGGAUGUGGCAACCAACGCGACGACCGUCGCAACGGCGUUCACGCGGUAUACUGUUGCUCCAACGACGGCGUUCUCGCAGUCGACCCGCAUGACUGGGCAAACGACGCGCUCGAAGAACCGGCCGUCGAAGAAGCGCCAAGCGGGACGCAAGGGAACGGUGGACGAGUACGACUACCUGGUGGCAAGCAUAGGACGUCUUGUCAAGCGUGUCGACGACAAGAGCGGCGAAGCGUUGUCCCUGUUGCGCCCUUUAGCUACGUCGCCUCACCGCGACCUGGCAUCUGCCCUGCAGAACACUGUCGUGACGCUGCGCGCAAAGCUGGCGCGUGCACUGGACAACGCGUGGUCUGACCGCGAGACCAUCCUCGAAGGUGUAGAGACGUCGGGGGGCAACGGGCUGGGCGGCAAUGCCACGGCGGCGCGGGCGCUGGAGCGCCCGAUCGUGGCGCCUUGGAAGGGGCUUGCCAGGUUGGUGUAGAGUGAUAGAGGAUCUCUGCGUUGGCACCGGUCACCAGAUGGCGAGGAUGGGCCGAUACACCAUAACGCCAGGCAGCGUGCAACGGAGUAAUUUGCAUCCCAUUCAUCCAGG